GUGCCUCCCAGAAGAUUGGAACAAGAGGGGAGUCCGAACAGGGACUUACCUCAGUAUGGUCAGAAACAAUGGCAGUCAUAUUUUGGACGUACUUUUGAUGUUUACACUAAGCUCUGGAAAUUCCAACAACAGCACAGGCAAAUUUUGGACAAUAGGUAUGGCCUGAAGAGGUGGCAGAUUGGAGAAAUUGCUUCAAAGAUAGGACAACUCUACUACCAUUAUUACUUGCGUACUUCUGAGACCAGUUACCUGAAUGAAGCAUUUUCCUUCUACUCUGCAAUAAGACAAAGGGCCUACUACUCCCAGGUCACUAAGGAGGAUAGGCCUGAACUUGUGGUUAAAAAGCUACGGUAUUAUGCACGAUACAUCGUUGUUUGUCUGCUCCUCAAUAAAAUGGACCUUGUUGGAGACCUAGUUAAGGAGCUAUCUGAUGAAAUUGAAGAUUAUACACAUCGGUUCAAUACUGAAGAUCAGUUAGAAUGGAAUCUUGUGCUCCAAGAGGUAGCAGCAUUUGUUGAGGCAGAUCCUGUGAUUGUGUUAAAUGACGAUAACAGUAUUGUGGUAACCUCAAAUCGCUUGGCAGAGGGAGUAGUCCCACCACUGGAACAAGGCAUGGUAGCAGGCCAGCUGGCGCUAGCAGAUGCACUAAUCGUCGGAAACUGUAGCAGUCAGGUUAAAUUCAGUGAGUUAACUAUUGACAUGUUCAGAAUGUUGCAGGCUUUAGAACGGGAACCCAUUAACCUGGCUUCGCAAUUAAACAAGACUGGAUCACAGGAAUCAACAGAGAAACCUUCAAAACGAGAAAAUCCACACAAGUAUCUGCUGUACAAGCCAACUUUCAGUCAACUGUAUACAUUUCUUUCUGCAUCUUUUAAGGAGCUGCCUGGAAAUAGCGUCCUCCUGGUCUAUCUGUCAGCUACUGGUGUGUUUCCUACAGGGCGUUGUGAUUAUGAAGGUCCAUAUGAUUUUGGUGGGGUGCUGACCAACAAUAAUCGUGAUGCAGGAAGCAUGGAAGUAAUGCAAAAACGCAACAAUUCAUUUAAAGAAAUGCAUUGUCUUCAUCCUGGUGACUUUUUCCCUUUCACACGAAAACCAUUGUUUCUAAUUGUGGACUCUUCAAAUAGCAUAGCAUAUAAGAACUUUGUCAACUUAUUUGGCCAACCUCUAGUCUGCUUGCUUUCUCCAACAGCAUAUCCCAAAGGUUUACAAGAUCAAACUCAACGUGGAAGCCUUUUCACCCUCUUUCUGUACAAUCCUCUGAUGGCAUUUCUGUUUAUGUGUCGACUCACAAGUAUGAGAAAAGGAAUGUGGGAUAAAUGUCAGGAAUAUCUCCAUAAGAUAUACAGGGAUAUAGCUCACCUGCUGACUAAAUCACGGACUGUGGAUCAAGCAUUCCUUCAGUUUUUUGGUGAUGAUUUUCUUCGAUUAUUGUUGACCCGGUUUGUUCUCUGCUCUGCAACCAUGAGACUUCACAAAAUGUUUAGGGAAACUCGGAAUUACCCAGAAACUUAUCCACAGUUGCAGAAAGAAGAUAGUGUGGAGAAUCCUGCACUCCAGAAUCACAUUCUAGAACUGGCUUCCAUGCUGGAUGUUAGAAGCCUUUUCCUGGAAAAGACCACUGCUGAAUAUUAAGAGCAAGGCUGAAAAAUAAAUUUAACAAUUUCUCUGAAGUCAUUGGUUCUGAAGAAGAUAUUUUUCUUUGCAUCUACCGAUUUGGAUAAUUGAAACAUUGUUAUUCAAGCAGAAUUAUUUUCGAUCAAACAAAUUCUCAAAGACU